AUGCCUGCUCUCAAAAUAAUGCUUUCAGAUUAUUUUAGCAUCUCAAAUGGUCGAUAUCACCCGGAGCUUCUUCGCAGGUAUCCUAUUCUCAAGGAUUUGGAAGCGAAUAAGAUUGAUGUCAUAGAGUUUCAAAGCAUACCCAAGUUGGUGAGGGGAAAUAUUUGUGAUAAUUAUGGGUUCGAGUUUCCUCUGAAGGCAGUGUGUAAUUUUGCUCUUGAAUGCAUUUCUUCACAACUUAAGAAGUGCACUAUUCUUAAUUAUGAAGGGAAGGAGUGUGAGCUGCGAUUUGCGAAAUAUAUAAUACAGAAUUCAAGAGCUUUACAUACUAUGUCAAUCUCCAAUUUAACAAUCAGUUAUACAAAUUCCUCAAAUUGCGCAAGACAAGCUUGAAAUGCUACAAAAAAU